UAGACUCUAUAAGUUAUUUUAGGGCCAAGGUACUGUACUAUCUCUAUUACAAGAUGUUACAAUCUGAGGAUAAGAUUUGAUCCUCCUAAAACAAUGAAGGGAGGAAGUACUUUUAUUUGCCAACCUAACAGUUAGCAAAAAAAAAAGUAAUGCAAACCUUAUAUAAUGAAAACUCGAAAACUACCGUUGGAUCAAAAAUUUAAAUUUUUGAUAUUCGUCCACGUCAUCAUGAGUAAAAUUAUUACUUAUAAGUAAAUCUGUGAGUAAAUAUUUUACUUACAAUAACACGGACAAAUUUUAUACAUCUUUUUUAUUUUUUUUAUUUAGCGGUAGUUUUCAGACUUUUUACAUGAAUAGUUUCCAUCACAUAUUCUUUUUCCCCGUUAACCCUAGCAGAUGACCGCCUUCCGUACAACAUUAACUCCACCGCCGCCUCCUUUCUUUCCUCUCCUUUCCUACCCUUGAGAUCUCCGCCGCGUCCCCACCACCAAAAAAAAUUCACUUAUAAAACCAAACAAAAAACCCGUCAAAAUCACCAGAAAAAAAAAAAUCCCCCGCAUCACCCGCCCCGCCAAGCCGCGCGCCACCACCGACCGCCCCCCGCGUCCACCGGCGCCACCUCCACCUGCUCGCUGCGCGCCCAGCCACUCGCCCACCCCCGCCCAUGCCGCCGCCGCCGCCGCCCAGCCUCACGGCCAACACCGCAUCCUCCAUGGGCAACGCCGAGGCCGUCGUGGUGCUGCCCGCGAACGGCGGCGCGCGGCGGCGCGCCGACAAGGUCGUCCACCCGGCGCCGAUGCCGGACAGAGCAGCUGGUGGCGCGAUGGAGAGGGAAGGCGGCGGCGUCGGCGGCGGCGGCGAGGUGGGUGGGUGGAGGAGGCCGGAGUGGUGCUCGGCGGCGGGGGUGGCGGGGGUCCUGCGGCGGCACCCGGCGGCGGCGGCGUUCGGGUGCGGGCUGCUGCUGUUCAUGGCCGUGGAGUACACCAUCCCCAUGGUGCCGCCCGCCGCGCCGCCGGUCGACCUCGGCUUCGCCGCCACCGCCGCGCUCCACGCCGGGAUCGCCGCCCGCCCAUGGCUCAACUCGCUCCUCGCCGCGCUCAACACGGUGUUCGUGGCGAUGCAGGCGGCGUACAUCCUGUGGGCGAUCCUCGGCGAGGGCCGGCCGCGCGCCGCCGUGGCGGCGAUGAUGAUGUUCACCUGCCGCGGCGCGCUCGGCUGCGCCACGCAGCUGCCGCUGCCGGCCGAGUUCCUGGGCUCCGGCAUGGACUUCCCCGUCGGCAACGUCUCCUUCUUCCUCUUCUUCUCCGGCCACGUCGCCGGCGCGGUGAUCGCCGCCGAGGACAUGCGCCGCGCGGGGCGCCGCGGCAUGGCGCGCCUCUACGACGCGCUCAACCUGCUCCAGGGCGUCAGGCUGCUCGCCUGCAGGGGCCACUACACCAUCGACCUCGCCGUCGGCGUCGGCGCCGGCCUCCUCUUCGACAUGCUCGCCGGCAGGUACCUGGACGGCAAGAACACCGUCGACGGCGGCGCCGCCGUGGCGCCGGGGAGCCGGUGCUGCAGCUGCCACAAGGCUCUCUUGUCACAGUAGCUUUGCAUUUUAGGCCCAGCCAUUAAUGGCCAAUGCAGUUGGUUGGGCAUCAAACCAUGUCAUUUUUUUGAUGUAAUCGAGAUUAAAUGCUACCUACUGAUGUGUAAUUGUACAAACACUAUCCAUUCCAUCUGAGCUUAAAAAUAUAUAAAUACCACAAGUUUCUAGCA